AUGACUAUUAAACAUUCUCAAUCAUUUAAAGAUAAAAAUAAUUCAACAAAUAAAGAAGAAACGCUGCAUCGUGUUUUUUUAUUCUGCAAAAAAGAACCAUCAAAAAUUCCAUGGAGUCAACUCGGUGUUGAAUAUGUUCUUGAAUCAACCGGUGUAUUUACAACAGUUGACAAAUGUAAACCACAUUUAGAAACCGGUGCAAAAAAAGUUAUAAUCACAGCAUCAUCAACUGAUGCUCCAAUAUUUGUUAUGGGAGUUAAUGAAGAUAAAUAUACAGGAAAAGAAACAAUUAUUUCAAAUGCAUCAUGUACAACAAAUUGUUUAGCACCACUUGCUAAAGUUGUUCAUGAAAAGUUUGGUAUUAUUGAAGCUUUAAUAAUAACUGUACAUUCGUACACUGCUACAGAGAAAAUUGUUGAUGGAUCAUCAAAUAAAGAUUGGCAAGGUAAAGAUGGAGAUGUACAAUAUAUAAUUUCAUCAUCACCUGGAGCAGCUAACGAUGGCGGAAAAAUUAUUCCUGAUUUAAAUGGAAAAUUAACUGGUAUAGCUUUUCGUGUUCCAACACCAAAUGUUUCAGUUGUUUAUCUUACUGCUCGAUUAAGCAAUGGCGUCAAGUAUGAGGAAAUUUGUGCUGCAAUUAAAGAAGCUACUUAUGGUCCAUUAAAAAAUAUUUUGUCUUAUACUGAUGAUGAACUUGUUUCAACAGAUUUUAUUGGUGAUAUACAUUCAUUAAUUUUUCAUGUUAAAGCUGGUAUUUCAUUUAAUGAUAAUUCUGUCAAACCUAUUGUGUGGUGUGACAAUGAAUAUGGCUAUUCAAACCGUAUUGUUGAUCUAAUCAAAUACAUUACUAAGAAAGAUUUACAACAAUCAAUUUAA